AUGGGGAGUCUCAACGGUCAAUGUGAACCCUCUCCCAACGGAGACAACUGCAUCAUUAGGGAUGAGAUAUAUUACCGCGAUCACGUAGUGUUCCAGGUUGAGAAUACUCUUUUCAAGAUGCCUCGCUCACGGUUCCAACAUGAGUCGGUGUACUUCCGCGAACGCUUCGUGCGUAACUCCGGGAACGCCAACGAGCCCAUCGAGGGGUCUUCGGACGAGCAUCCACUCGUACUGAACGAUGUUACGGCAAAAGAGUUUCGGAGCUUGUUGGAAGUGAUGUUCGCUUUGUGCGUACACAUAGAUUACCUCCCUCCUUUAAACAGCGAGGACGAUUGGACCCGAAGCAACCGCUCGUUGCUCAAGCUCUCGACUCGCUGGGAGAUGGCCGCGUUUCGCAAGCACGCCAUUGGCGCCCUCUCGGAGGCCGUGUGCCCCGAGGAUCCGAGCGACGGGGUCCGGUGGCUCGUCUUCGCGCGAGAGUAUGUCGUGCACGAGUGGCUGCUGCGGUCCCUCGUCACGCUCGCGACGAGGUCUCAGCCACUGGAGAUGCAUGAGGUCGAACCGCUCGGACUGGAAACCUUUGUGGCUCUGACCAAGAUCCGCGAAGGCGCGCGUGUAAACCGGGACGUGAAGCAGGCGGUGCUAGAGGCGUUUGGGAAGGAACUGAAGGAGGCAGAAGCUAAGGAGAAGAGAUGGCGCAGGCUACUGGAAUGUCGCGAAUAG